GCAAACUCUCUCGCAACCCCAGGCAUAAAUCCUCCACCUCUUGGCCACGCUCGUUCGAGGGGCCUGCAGCUGAAGUCUCUCACUUAUUUUCUCUCUCUUCCUUCCUGUUGCAUGGCUUAAGCCUCGCGCUCCAUAUUCACGGUGGUUUUCCGCGACACAAAGGCAGCGAGCUUCCGGCAGCCUGUGACGGCGGACGGCCUCGCCAUGGCCGACGCGGCAGCUGACCCCAAAGCUGCCCCACUCUCUGAGGAGCUACGGCAAUAUGCUCUCACCUUCUCGAUCGAGUUGCUGCCCAAGAACUUCUCCUGCGAGCGCUGCAAGAACAUCUGCUUCGAUCCAUGGAAGCUCCUUUGCUGCAAUAAGUCCAUCUGCUCAUCAUGCCAGUCGGAGUUGACAAACGCCUGCCCGCUCUGCCAGCACGAGCCUCUCGAGGCUGACGGGUGUGUCGUGAACAAGGGCCUUCGCCAGACGAUGCGUGCUUGGUUCACGAAUAGGAAGAAAAAAGAUGCCAAGAUUGCAGCCUCGGAACCUGUGUCGACCCCACAAGCAAGUGAGGCUGCAGACAAGCCAGUCGAGAGCAUCGAGGAAGCGCCCAAGGCACAAGCUGCAGCAGGCAUCCAGCCCACGCUGGCUGGGGAUAAUGACGGUCAGGAGGCACAGCGGGGAGCUUCGUCCGCGCCCCGUCCUUCUAUAGAGACAUCCACUGCACCCCACGGUGAUCAUGCACAACGCCAGGGCAGUAGCAUGUCCCAGACCGUAGUCCAGAGCACUGAGCCGACGUCGUCCGUCGAGGACCCCAGCGUUGCAUUAGGUUCGAUGGAGGGCACAGCGGACGGGAUAGCUGGCAACACCGCUAUGUUUGGCAUGAACGGUGGGCAGGCAUCGAUUAUGGGUGGAUUUGGCUUCAAUCAGACCCAAGGCAACUUCAACCCGAUGGGCUGGAAUGGCAUGAAUUCAAUGAACGGAAUGUCUAACAUGAUGGGCACCGGCAACUGGAAUGCGUCGAACCCAAUGGAUAUGUACAACUCCAUGAACAUGAACAAUACCAGCAUGCCCGGCAUGCCCAACUUGACCAGCGGCAUGUACGGCGGCUAUGGUGGAAACAUGGGCAUGCCCGGGAUGAAUGACAUGUCCACCAUGAAUAUGAUGGGAUUCGGAGGCGGGUACGGGAAUGGGUGGCAAGGUCAGAUGAACAGCGCAGGCUAUGGGAACUUCGACGGGUUCAACUCAAUGGGUGGAUAUAAUCAAUCUGGGGCACAAUACCCCCAGAUGAUGAGCCAAUACCCCAACAAUAAUUAUCAAAACCAGAAUCGUUCCCAUGCCCAAGGAGGAGCUUUUCCUAACCAGAAGAACUAUGGAAGAGGCAAUCAAGGCAGUUUUGGAAACCAAACCAGUGGUCCCGGUCGCGGAUUCCAGCAAAAUUCCCACAGUCGACCUGGAAGCCGUGCCGGACCCGCCGACAACAAUGCUAGUGAACUAUCCGACCGAAACGCUGAGACUCCUUCCGAAGUCAAGGGCGAGGAGGCUGAUGCCAAGGCUGAUGCUGAGACCGCUGCAGGUAAGGUUGACGAGGGUGGGUCUCAUGAAUCUGCUCCAUCGACGACACUAGCCGAUGUCGCACCUUCGACAGAUGGAGCAGAACAGAUUACUGAUUUGAAUUCGGCAGAUAAUGAUGUUCCGAAUAGCGAUGCGCAAGCCAUGGGCCUCAACCCGAUUCAGACUGUGGAAACAGUUGAAGAGGCCAUACCUGAGACUUACGAUCAAGAGAUAACGAAUGCGAUGCAACCCAACCAAUCAUAUCCUGCUGGAAUGAUGAAUGACUAUGCGAACCAAGCCUUGACCAUGGAUGGUCAGUACGGUUCAAGCAUUGGAUACAACCAGACUAGCUAUGUUUCUCGUGGAGGCUACAACACCGCUUACGGGGCCGCCACAGUCUUGACAGGCGAGCCAACUGAACCACGGGGCUUGGGGGUGGAGGGUGCACCAACGGGCCCACGAGCCAUGCGAGAGGGCCUGCCGAACACGGGCUAUUCAAGUCGUGCAAACAAUGCGAGAAGCAAGUACAAUGUUCACUCGCAACCACCGGGUGCACCACAGGCGCAAUCCGUGGAUGCAUCUAAUUCUUCGGAGCGGGGAGAGCGAAUUAAGACACCCGCAGGUGGUGACGAUGCACAGGUGAAGGAUAUCUCACCAUCACGGCCCCAGUCAGAGGCAGAACGAGAAAAUCGGGAUGACUACAGAGAGGCCUCUGCAUCUUCAGAUCGGUACCAGAAGCGGAAGAACCAUGACCAGCCUGCAAGUCGCACACCAGAGGACGAUUAUGGUCGUCGCAAGGAACGACGACAUCACCGCUCCUCAAGAUACGAUGAACAAGACGACAGGGUAGAGCACGCACGGGACGGAGAGUACGAAGAGAAGUGUCGGGAUGAUCGAGAUGACAGAUAUCAUGAUGAUAGAGAGGAUCGAGAUGAUGCAUCAGUCGACUCGAAGCACCGCAGCCGUCGCGAAAAGGAGAAGUCCCGUCAAUCCCGCUCUCACCGUGACCGAAGCCGCGAGCAUCGUCGCCGUCACCGAUCACGCUCUCGGUCACCGUUCGUGGACGAGAAGUAUGAGGAUGAAGAUGCAUAUGGAAAUGGCGGGGCUAUUCCAACAGAGUCAAGCACUCGUCGCAAGAGUAAGAGCGAGAAACACCGUGAGCGCGAUCGAUCACGAGAUAGGGACCGAGACAAGCGAGACCGUCGGGACCGCGAGUAUGAUCGAGAGUAUGAGUAUGAGAGGGAGAAAGAUAGGGUGAAGGAUAAGGAUCGGGACAGGAAGCGUUCGAGACGUGACCGAUCAGCUGAGGCAGAGGAGGAACGAGCAUAUGAGGAUAAACAUCGCUCUUCACGUCGAAGCCGCAAAGAUAAGGAAAGGGAAAAAGAUCGGGAAUACGAUCGUGAACGUGAGCGGGAGUCUAAAGACACUAUUCCCGCUGUUCGAGCAGCAUCUCCACCGAUCGAUGCUCCAACCGGUCCAGCAGCAGACCAAGGUUUCUCGAUCCGUGGACGUUCCAAAACCAAACACACACCAAUCGACACAUCGAUGCCGCCCCCACCCAGCGCUCCCCGCGCCUUCAAACCUCCAACUGGACCGGCUGCUGAUCGUGACAGAGGCGAUCGCGGUAGCAAUGCGAGGGACCAAGGUCGCCGGCGAUCCAGCGCAUCAAUCCCCACGCCCACAACGCCCGUCACCCCAACCACCCCUACAGAAGUAAAUCACUACGCACAAGAGCGCGAGCGCAAAGACCGAGAACGUCUCGCCCGUGAACAUGGUCUCCACGGCCGCUCAUCCACAUCAACAACAUCUGCUGCAACGCACGGUCAAGUGCCCUCCCGGCCCUCUUUGAGUUCAAAGCGCAGCCGCGAUGACCUCGAAGAACCACUAGACUCCACUAGCAACACAAACAAAGACCGCAAUGGCAAUGACCAGGACAUCGCUAUCAACCCGCCAACCGGCCCGUCCGCGCACCGCGAAAAGCGUCGUAAGAGCGGCAUGCAGGACGGAGCAAAGGGUAUUUCGGAUAUGUUCACCAAGGGCAUGCGGAGGCAGGCCGCCGGUGGAGGUGGCGGCCGUAGACGAGGAGGCGUGAAGACGGAGGGAGAGGCGAAGGCGGAUAUGGAGAGGGCGGAACGGGAGAGGGAAAGGCGUUGGUAAGUGAUGCCCCUUGCCUUAUCUGCCCUACUUGCCCGGUCGUAAUUGCCGUACCUAGACGUAGUCAGGUGAGGUGGGUUUGGUGCGGUAGUGAUGGGGCAUUCUGGCGUUUUGGGGGUUUCUAGGGUAGUGGUGGAAGAAUUGGGGGUUUCAGGGUUAGAGGUUUGAGAGGGGAGUUGGUGAAUUAUGGGUAAGGGGCUGGAAUGCUCCUUCUUGCUGGACUUGCCUUGCUGGACUUACUGGAUGCACAUCCCAGGGGUUUGAGAGCGAGAUGCUUGCGGAUUUUUAGGGCAAUUACUGUGUAUUAUA